GAAAAACUGUAGUAUUGAUCUUAGUUGAUUUUAGCUUACAUGGUUGAAUCAUUUUCAUACAAAAAUCUGUUUUGAUCGUAAUAUUAACAAAAUAUCAUAAAAAUGAUAAACCCGCAACUUCCAAACUCUUAAGAUCAGUUAAAUGUUUAAAAAAUAUAAAUUUAAUAAAAAAAUACUAUUAAAAAUAUUUUUAUUACAUUUACUUAAUAAUAUAAAUUGAAUAGGUAUAAUGUUUGUUGUUUUGCCACCUCAAAAAUAUCGAUAGACAGUUGGUACAUAAAGUGGGCCAAUAUUUAAACUUGAAUUUUCAUCUGUACAAAUAUGAUAUUGGGCAUAUAAAAAGGCUUCGACACAACACGAAAUUAUUCUAUCUUCGGAGAAGUAAAAGAAACAUUCAAGAUGAAAUUCGCUACGUGUUUCCUUAUCCUGGCCUUGGUCGGCCCUUCUCUUUGCAAUCCCGAUCCAUUCCUCGGGAGCUUGAUUAGUGGCAUCGGCGGCGUAGUCAACUCUACCGUUGGCGCCGUAGGCGGAGUAGUCAAUGCUACCGUUGGAGCCGUAGGCGGAGUCGUCAACUCUACCGUUGGAGCCGUAGGCGGAGUCGUCAACUCUACCGUUGGAGCCGUCGGCGGAGUUGUCAACUCUACCGUUGGCGCUGUAGGCGGAAUAGUCAACGCUACCGGUAACGCAGUUGGAGGUAUAGUGAACGGCAUCACCGGGGCAGUUGAGGCAACACUUAACAGCGUACUCGGCGCCGUUGGUGCUGUAAUCAAGGGUCUCGUCGAUCAGUUGGUCGCCCUUGUCAACACUGCCAUUGGAAUCGUGCAGUCAAUCGCCGCUGUCGUCCAAAGUGUGGUGUCUUCUGUCGGAAGCGCAGUAAGCAGCGUAAUUAACAGCAUUGGCGCUGCACUUCAAGGACUCGUCAAUCAGUUGGCUGAUGUCGUCGCAGCGAUUGCUGGUGUUGUCAAACAAAUCGCUGACACCAUCGCAAGCGCCGUUUCUACCCUAACUUCGGCCCUUGAAAAAACUAUUGGAACUGCAUUAGCAGGCGUCCUUGGCGUAGUGUCAACCCUUGUAGGAAGUCUUGGUGACAUUCUCAAAUCCGUUGCAGCUGCUCUUAAACCACAGUAAAGUAAAUCUUCUUUGCCGUCCUUCAGAUAGUUGACAAAUCGAUAUCCAGCAGACCAACGAUCUUUAAAACUACUCAAAUUCACAAGAAUCGAUAUCGAGUAACUCAGGAGGAUCACUUCAAAAUAAGCGAAAUUCAUUAUUUGACAUGUCUAAAUAAAUAAGAAGCAAGUUUAAUAUUAGUUUCAUUUCAUUCCCAUUAUUUGGUAAGUAUGAUUCGAUUUUGUUGUCAGUGGUGUACCCAGGGU